GGUUGAUUUUCGCGUGAGUGACGAUCGAACUUGGCCGCUCAGAGGAGGGCGCGGCGAAAAGGAAGGCCGGUCCGAGAAAAGAGGAAAGCGGAAAUCAGGGAGGAGGAGGAGGACGGAGAGGAAGAGAGGAGGAGCAGGGAGGAGGAGGGAGACGGAGAAGGGAGGGAGGAGGAGGGAGAAGGAGAAGAAGGAGAAGGGAGAAGGCGGAGGGAGGACGAGGUCCUCGAUUGCGUCGUUGAACGCAAAGGAAAACGAACGGGAGGGAGGAGGAGGAGGAGGAGGAGGAGGAGGAGGCGGCGGCGGAGGAGUAGGAGGGAGAAGGAGGAGGAGGAGCAGGAGGGAGGAGGAGGACCCGGGAUAUUACUUCGCUUGUAAGGUUAGUGCCAAAAGGUCACCAUGUCGAAGUCGUGCAAAGGGAUCGCGGUGGAGCUUGUCCGGUGUCUGAGCGAAAGCGACUGCAUCAAGGUCGAGAAGAAAUCGUACCGGGAGUGUGCGGGCGAGACCACGUCUAUCCCUGAGAGGUGUAUAGGCCUCAGAGACAUGUACUACAAAUGCAAGAGGGGUCAGGUCGACAUGCGAACCCGCAUACGAGGAAACAAGGGGUAUUAAAAAACAAAAAAGAGGAGGGGUACUGGCGAUGGGGGAGGGGUAUGGCUCCGAGAGAAAGAUGGGUGGAGGGGAGGAUGGGAACUGGCUUUGUUGUUGAAGUUGCUUUUUCACCUUCUGUGCCAUAUCUGCUGCUGCAGCAACCCAUUGGCAAAAUGGCGGCAAGCGCGUCAAAAGAGUGUUGGAGUUGUGAGAGCGAUGGGGGGAGGGAGGUGGUGUUUGGCAGAGAGGGGGGKGGGGGGGKGGGGGAGGGAGAGAGGGGUGAGAGGUAGGGGAGAGUGAGGUGAGCGGGAGGUGAGAGUGAGGGAUAGUGCAAUCAGUCUUUUGAAACAAGUGGGAACGCAUGCCCAUCUCACAUCAGCAUGGUGGGAUGAGAUGCGGCGGUGGAGCCUGCACGGGCGGAGGGGGGAGAAACCGAUAAAUAGUCUAGUGCAAGAAAAAUUAGUACCCACACCGUCGUUACGAUUUGAAUUUUCUCGGCGUGUUUUUUUCCCACAGUAAACUGAGUAAAGAGUUUUGUUCUGUUAAUUUCUCCGGUUUUCUUGCGGGAACAUCAGCGGUUGUUGUUUAGCCGUGGAUUAGAGCCAUGGAUCAGUGGCCAUGGAUGAGAGAGAAGAGGGGGUUGUGAGAGGAAGAGAGGGAUUUCGGAAGGGGGCAGCGGAGGGGGAAGGGAGAGCAGGGGAGGUAGAGGGGGGAGGUUAUGUCGUGGGGGAUUUCCCCUUCUUUUUCCUUUUUGACAGAACGGCUUUGUGAAGCCUGGGUGAACCGGCAUUUGCCGCGCCAUCGGUUAUUACUCACCGCCCAUGUGUAUAAUCUGCUCCAUGUAUCUUUUGCAUGGCGCUUGUUUUCUCUUGCAACUACGAGGAAUGCCUAGGGCGUUCUACUAAUUUUUUUUCGUUUGUACCCUCUGUGCGUUUGGUGAUGUUUGCGACGAAGACCACGGAUGGCUCUUGUGUGCUAUGGAUGCUUAGGUUGUACUGUGCGCUCACAAUUGAUCGAAUAAUAUCGCAACAAUUUCGGGAUUUAGCGAGGGCUGUUGAGUAAUUACUAAUUGGGAGAUUGCGAUUAUGCUGAUUAGGCGGGUUUUCGUAAUUGUGUGGGGGACUGAAGGGGGUUGUAAUUAGGGUUGCCGCCACAGUUGGCCUGUAAUUUCGGAGUUCGGCGAGGGUAAUGGAGUAAAAGCAGCGGUGAAGUCCUUGGCGGCAGGCAGAUAUCAUUGGUUUCUUCAACCAAUCACAAGUUUGAAAGUUGAUUCUGAGAGUGGAAAGCUGUGGAAAUCAUUCAGGGGUCAUAAGAUUGGCACCGGGGUGGCGGGGACGCACAGCUGAGGGCGGUACUCGGACCACUCCCAUCACUCACACCACUCUCAUCACUCGCACCACUCACACCACUCACACCAGGGUUUUCCUGGAUGUAUCCGACGGCAACUACAGAUGGAUCAGGAGGAUGUAUCUGUCCAUAGUUACUUCCAAGGUUCAUUGAAGAAAGUCGUACUGCGAGUAUGUGCUGACUAUGUGCUGAGCUUUGCAAGUACUGUGAUAAUGUUCUGAGGAGCUGGGAGCUGACCGUGUGCGGGUUGUGUAAAUACAAUGCGAAUUGCGACCGGAAUACUCUGGCAAUUCUUCUAGCGAAACAGUAAAAAACUCCAGGUUGU